AUGUCUAUACAAGUGGAAAAUAAUUUAAGGAAUAGCGAUAAAGAGGUGUUUGAGCAACGAACUCACUAUAUUCCAUGCAAAAUCGAAGAGGAUGGUGAAGCAAACGUAAAGAAAUACUUUGAACCAUACAUCGUAGAAAAUAACGGAGAUCUUAAGGCGACAUUUCGUGGUCAUCCUCUAAAUGGAACGAACAUCUCGUUGCCUGAAGGUUACCAGGCUGUUGUAGUUACUGAAACUAAGAGACCUCUAGCUGAAGAUGCAAAUAGGAAAUUUCAGGACUCCAGGUCCAUGUGUGUGUGCGUGUGCGUGCGUGCAUACGUGUGUGUGUUUUGGCAAAACAUGAUGCGUAUGGAAUAUUAA